CACCGCUUGCCUCUUUGUUCAAACUGAUUCUCUCCCUCAGCGUAGCUGCUGGCGAGGAGGGGGGGGACGGUGGGAGCACCUUGCUGUAUAUGUGUGUGUGUGUGUGUGUCUGUGCGUGAGUGCGUGCGUGUGUAUGUGUGUGCGCGCAUCCCCCCUCGAUCUGGUAGAUAUCAGUGUGCGAGGAUGAACGGCGCAUUGGCUGCCGCUCAGUGAAGAGAGGAUAAGGAAGGAGCGGAAAGUCCAAGACGCGGAGCGCUUGUGCACACACUCACCCUGUGUGUGCCGCUGCAAAGUGCUGUUUCACCCUGGUUUCCGUCGUUUUCCUGUUCCUGCACCCUCUGGGAGCUUUGGAGAGCACCUGCCUCUGAGGCGCAAAGCUUUCGCUCACAUUCCCGAGGAUUGCACCAUUGAGACGCGUCUCGUAUUGUCAUUAAAGGUCCAGGAUGGUGCUCACUCCAUGUGCAGCUGGGCGGCAGAUCCAUUCUGCUCUGAUGCUGCUGCUCUAUUUAGGCUUGGGUGCAGCCUCCUCCAUAGUGAACAUGCGUAGGAUCACCCAUCCUACAGUACAACAAACGCUGGCAGGCAAAGCUGUCCUCCCCUGUGUCUUCACCCUCCAGACCAGCUCCUCCAGCCAGCCUCCCCACCUCCUGUGGACUCGUAUCAGGCUACCAGCAGGAGGACAGGGCCCUCCUCUGGAGGAGAUUGUGCUUUCUGCUAAAGGUGAUGUAAUCAAGGUGAAUAAGGCUUUCAGUAGCCGCGUCAUGCUGCCAGGAUACGCUGCCAGUCCUCUGAAUGCUACCAUGGAGAUCUCCAGUCUCCGCACCAACGACUCAGGCACUUACCAAUGUCAGGUUGUCAUGGGUACGGACUAUGAGAGAGACACUGUGCCCCUGGUGGUCUCCGGAGUGGUGUUCCACUACCAGGCUCCCAGCGCCCGCUACGCCCUCUCAUUUACAGAUGCCCAGCGGGCCUGCCAGGAAAUCUCGGCUCAGAUGGCCACGCCGGCCCAGCUGUGGGCAGCGUACUAUGACGGAUUUGCCAGCUGUGCAGCCGGCUGGUUGGAUGAUCAGACUGUCCGAUAUUCUGUCCGGUUGCCAGAGCUUGGUUGCUAUGGACACAAGGAGUACUCUGCUGGAGUGAGGAAUUAUGGGAAGAGGGACCCGAAAGAGCUGUUUGAUGUGUACUGUUUUGCAAAAGAACUGGAUGGUGAGGUGUUUCACUCCUCGGUUCCAGGCAGGCUGUCUCUGUCCUCAGCCUCAGACCGCUGCGUGUCCCUUGGGGGGCAGCUGGCCACAGUGGGGCAGCUUUAUCUGGCCUGGAAGGCUGGCCUUGACAGCUGCGCCCCAGGCUGGUUGUCUGAUGGCAGCGUCCGCUACCCGGUGACCUGGCCUCGCCCGGACUGUGGAGGGAGCCAACCGGGGGUCCGCACCGUCACACCCAACAGCACUACUGACAACACCACAGCGCUAUAUGAUGCUUACUGCUACAGAGGUAAAGUGAAGGAUUCGGGUUCCAUCUCUCAGAUCUACACCUCCCUCUGGAAGCCCUGGAGCUACCUCACAGGCUUAAGUGAUGCUGACUCUGCAGGGACAGGCAAACCCGACUUGACUACACAGCAAACCACCAGUACCAGAGAGUCCUCAAAUAGCCGCGAUGUUUCACCUUCAAACUGGACAGGAUUGGUUGAUCUAGAAGAGGAGGUCUCCCUUCACAGCACCGACGUUUCCUCAGACCCCUGGUCCUCAGAGUCUUCAGGGUCAUUUGUGACCCUCCAGCUAAUCCCAGGACAGAGCUUCUUCGACUGGGGAGAGCCACUGGAGCCUGGCCCCGACUCAGAGGAGUUUCUCCGACCGCCAGUCCAACCCACUGCUGCUGAGAAGAAGGUGAUCUCCAAGAUUGUCAAGUCCAUUUGGAAGCCUUGGAACUACUUGACGGGGACUGGAGAUGAUGAAGGAACCCAGGCAUCAAGUGGACAGACAACAGAAGGGGAGACGACCACUAAAAAUACAGAUGAGGGGUCAAAUUCAUCCGAGACAUCCUCAACAGGUUUGUUUUCUUGGGGAAGUUCAUGGUUCACUGGUCCCUCGAGGGAAAACUCUACACCAGCCAGUGAAGAAUCACCCACUCGUCUGGCAUCGACUUUGGCCGCCUCCAGUAACUCUAUGACUACAGAGAGCACAAAGAGCUGGGAGAAUUCAGAGACACAUGCAUCCACCACCGCCAGCUCUGCACCAGAAAUCACCUCAUCCACUGGGGAAACCUGGGUCCGUGUUGAAACGGAGACCACAACCCAGCCAGGUGACAAGAGGGAGGAGACAGUGACCUCUAGAGCAGGUGGUAGAGGAGGUAGAGGGAGGGGGAAGAAGAACAGAGGGGAGGACAGGAGUAGAGGAGAAGACAAGGGCAGAGGAGAGGAUAAGGGGAAAGGAGAAGAGGAGGGUAGUGGAGAAAUCACCGGUGCCGAAGCAAAAGGGGAAAUUCAAGUUUCACGUCGACCCGUUGGAACAAGUAAACCAAGAGAAAGAUCCAGAGAAAGAUCUAGAGAGAGGGGUCACAGAAAGGGACAGUCCACCACUACCAUGACUACCACAACCAUUGUUAGUCCCCUGGAGCUCACAGCGAUGACCACAACCGGGUCAGAAAGCGCUGACUUAUCCACGUCUGGAUCCCUGUCCACCUCACCAGUAGAAACCCCAUUGCCAUCAACCUCACCAGAUCCAUAUCAGUCCCUCUCCUCAUCACCAUCACCAUCACCAUCGCCAUCCAUCACAAUGUCCUCCUCCCCAUCUCAAGCCACUUCGCCAUCCAAUUCCCAAACCUCGUCCCUCUCACCCUCACCAUCACCACAACCUUCCCAUUCUCCAUCUCAAACCGUUGGAUCAGGAGACCUGGCUUCAUCUCCUCACUCAGACAACCAGGACAGCUCCACCAACCCCUCAACAUCGCUUAACUGGGUCCCAGUGGAGAAAGCAGUUCUUAACAGCUCUCUGGAUUAUCCUCCAUUACUGCCGGGACCCCCAGAUGAGGAGGAGCCUGCUUGGUCUCAUGCUGUCGGCUCAGGGGCCCUGUUACCUGGCAACAUGGAGGAGGAAAGCAACAGAGGAGGAGUCAACAUCAGUAGCAUAACUCUCAGCCCAAAAGUCGAGGUGGAGCCCUGCGUGACAAACCCAUGUCUGCAUGGAGGAAAAUGCCUUCCUCAGGGAACGGGCUACAGCUGCUACUGCCCACAAGGAUACGCCGGGGAGAACUGUGAGAUUGACGUAGAUGACUGCCAGUCAGAGCCAUGUGAAAAUGGAGGUACUUGCAUCGACAAGAUUGAUUCGUUCCUCUGCCUUUGCCUGCCCAGCUAUGGAGGAGACACGUGCGAGAAAGACAUAGAAGGCUGCGAGCAUGGUUGGAGGAAGUUCCAUGGCCACUGCUACAGGUACUUCACUCACAGACACACCUGGGAGGAUGCAGAGAAAGACUGCAGAGAGCACAGUGCCCACCUCAGUAGCGUCAUCUCUGCUACCGAGCAGGAGUUUAUCAAUGGUCUGGGUCAUGACAACGCCUGGAUUGGUUUGAAUGACCGCACAGUGGAGGAGGACUUUCAGUGGACUGACAGCAACGAUCUGGUAUACGAGAACUGGAGGGAGAGCCAGCCGGACAACUUCUUUGCAGGUGGGGAGGACUGUGUGGUGACCAUUGCCCAUGAGGACGGCAAGUGGAACGACGUGCCCUGCAACUACAACCUGCCCUACAUCUGCAAGAAAGGCACAGUGUUGUGCGGGACCCCGCCCGCAGUGGAGAACGCCCAUUUGAUAGGUCGACGGAGGUCACACUAUGACAUCCAUGCAGUGGUCCGCUACCAGUGCGCCGAAGGCUUCUUCCAGCGUCACAUCCCCACUGCUCGCUGCCGGGCCGAUGGGAGCUGGGAGAGACCCAGGAUCAUCUGCACAAAGUCCCGGCGAUCACACCGGUACAGACGCCACCACCACAAUCAGCACCACGAACGUCGCAGCCACAGGAGACAUGGAGGAGAGGGGCACAAGGCCAGAGAGGACGCACACAGCUUCUACUGAACCAAAUAAUACAACAUCUACAAGGCUAGGUGCUAACCAUGGCCCAUAAAGACAGACAGUAGUUCAUACCACCCCCUGUUUCCUUUCCCUGCUUCUAACCAUGCUGUGUUUAGCUUUACUCCUCCUGAUGAAUAGGGUUUUCUUACUCUGACAUACAGUUUAUCUCCAUGACCCCUGUCCCCGAGUUUGGGUGUUUUGAUGCUUCUUUUUUGUUUUCACCCUGCUUCCUUUAACCAAGGUCCAUGCGAACACUAACUAUAACACUAACUGUUGAUAACGCCCCCCUUUCCCUAACAUCUCAGUACAGUAAAUCCUUCUCCUGUCUAUGAACUAAACCCAUCUCUCAGUCUGUUAGACUGGCAGCAGUGUGUGAGCGUGUGUGAGUGUAUGCAUGUCAGAGAGAAACUUAGAAAAGUGCUGUGUCACUUUUUUCUGUAAAGGUUUGCUUGUUCUACAUGAAAAAUGACUCACUCUAGUAUUCUGUUUACAAAGCACAGAUGUAAUUGAUGCAAGAUAGCAUACAGUAACCUUAACCCUGAGCUUUUUGUAUGUGUACUGUAGAUGUUACUUUUUCCAUAGAGCACCCGAAUAGCUGGUCUGUUUUAUUCUAUUGACAUGCUUUUUUCUAAUAUUUGCUAUGCUUUGGUGUUAUGUUACUAUUUAUUAUGAAUCAUUUGCUAGUGAGUAUGCUUUUUUUUAACUUAUACUUCAGAGAGCCGAUGUAACAUAAUUUUCUAUACCAGUAUAUAAGUCCAACACUCAACAAUAAACUAAAUUAAUCAUUUGAUUGCCUCUAAUCUCUGUAUUGUAAAUAUUGUGGUGUUUGUUAUUGGCUGAUCCUUGAUCAAUAGCUGGACUUUGUCCAAUCAAAUAGACCCCCCCCCCUCCCCAUCCCCC